AUUUUCCCGCUCGCUCAUUCCCCCUUUCUCUUGAACCAUUUCUGCAAAAUCCUCACGUUUUCCUUACCUCUCACACCUCCAUCUCCUCACGCGCAUGCGUGAUUACAGCUUCAGAUCUAAUCGGAAAUGGAAGCUCGACAUCCCAACUCAGAACUCAAUCAGCCUCUCGCCGGCGGCGCAGCCCUAACGGACUCUCAAAAGGCGUGGCAUGUUUUCGCACUGCUUCUGGCAACUAAACGGCCUGCCUCCCCAGCAGAGAUCGCUAGCAUCUGCACGCUUUACCAUGCUACUCCGGAUUUGAUUGAGUAUCUUUGCUCGAUCCCUAAUUCGCCACUCCAUUUAACUCCAGAUUCCCUCGUCACGUUCUCUUCUGUCGUGUACCUGACAUUUGCUAAAUUUAUUGCGUAUGUGAAUGUAAUUGCGGCUGUUUCUCCUGGCUUGAAUUUUGAAGACCGAACGCUCAUGGAAGCUGUUGGCGGUGAGUUGUGGACUAAGAGAAGAACGAGAUGGAGAUCAGACGGGUUGCCUGUGUUAAAAACGAGAAGAACAUCAAAUAGCUGUUGUGAUGUGAAGAUCCAGAGAGAAGAUCACGUGGUUAUGACAUUGCCGUUUGAAAUGCUGGAUGCAUGCGCUAAGGAAUAUUUCCAAGUCCAAGAUGACAAUUAUAGUGGGAUGAUGACCAAUGAUAUAUGGGGACCAUUGUACUUCACCUCCAACUACAGGGAACUAGGGGGAGGAGCAUUUAAUACUCCCUGCACCUUUUAUGAAAACAAUGAGGCUUCUAGAUAUGGAUUUGAAAGUGCACAACAUAACGAUGAACCAAUGCUAGAUGCAAUGCAAAACAGAAAUGAAGCAGACGCUGCACAUAUGACUGUGGCUAAAGCUGAUCUCAUGUUUGACGAUGUGAUUUUUUCGCAUAUACACGAACGAGUGGAGAAAGAGGACACACAUUCAAGCCCUAAUUUAAACCCACUUCCGUUGACUGGCAUUCUCGAAAAUAAGAUAGAAAGUGUAGAAGUGGAGGCAUAUGAUAAUAUUAAGAGCAGAGUAAACUCCGACACAACUUCUUGCUUCUUAGCUCUACAGACUCCGGCUGAAGUACUUGAACCAUUCUCUUGCACUGUCAGCAAAAUAAAAGGAAAUGACCCUAUACCAGAUAACCCAAGUAACAGAGAGAAGUCUGCUGAAGAGCUUCAUAAAGUGAAUGUUGCUAUUAGAGGGGAUAACAUGCUAAAUUAUUUAUCUGAGAAGGAAGCCGAAGUGCCCCAGGUAAGUGAUGAUAUGUUAGAACAUGUGCCGUCUCUUGUCGAGAUGCAAAUAGAAAAGUGUUCUCCCAGUUCAGAUAAUGUGCAUGAGGAUCCCUUGAUUACUUCAGACAAAACUGUGUGCAAACCACUGGAUAAUAGUGCACAUCUCAGACAUCAAGAGAAGGAUCGGAUUAGUAGAGGCAUAAAACCUAUAUCUGCAAAGAAAAAGCUAACUUACAAUCAUGAUAAGCUUUUGGAUAAUACAAAAAAGAAUGAAAAUCUCACAGAGAAAAUAGAAGGUGUGAACUCCACCACUUCUAAAGAGCCUAUUGAGCAAAAAGAGCUUCCCAACUUUGAGUCUUUUGUAGUUGAGGAAGAAGAAGGUUCAGGUGGCUAUGGAACAGUGUACAGGGCAAGGAGAAAAAGUGACGGAAAAAAAUUUGCAAUAAAAUAUCCUCAUUCUAAUGCCAAUAGACAAAACAUCCUUAAUGAGGUGAAGAUGUUGGAGAGAUUAGGGGGCAAGAAUUUUGUGAUUACAUAUGAAGGAUCGUUCAAGGAUGGAAAUUCUGAUUGCGUUGUUUUAGAGCAUGUGGAGCAUGACAGACCGGAUGUUUUGAAGAAAGAAAUAGGAGUAUCACAGCUCCAAUGGUAUGCUUACUGUUUGUUCAAGGCUCUUGCUUCUCUUCAUAAGCAGGGUAUUGUUCAUAGGGAUGUCAAACCUGGGAACUUUUUAUUUACACGGAAGCUAAAUAAAGGUUACCUUAUUGAUUUCAACCUUGCAUUGGAUAUGAACAAAAAAUAUGGAAGUGCAGAUAAAACAAAUUUGGGACCUUGUACUGGCUUGGAGGGAACUCAUAGUGGCCUUUCUAAAUCUCUCCUUUCAAAUAAAAGUAGAAAAGAAGCAGCCAAUCAGGAAACUACUUCUAAAGGUAUCAAGAAAACAACUUUGCAGCUUAAGAAUACGAAAAGGAAGGAUGCCUUGGAAAAUGGGAGGAGUAUAAUAAAAAGCCAAGGUGCUGAUGGGUCGGGAAUAACUUCAGCAAAGGAAGCAACAAGCAUCAGAAACCCAUCCAGGGAGGCUCUUCAAUGCCAACCUCUACCAUCCAAAGGUAGAAGACAGCUUAUCAAUCUAGUUGAAGCAAUGCAAAGUGCAAACCAUCAUAAAGAAGAACUAAAGGGUCCCACUUCUAAAAGAAAGAGGAUUGCAGCACCCCCGGGAAAAGAAGACAGGCACCAGUUCAUUUAUAUAACUCCCAUGCCGUUGCGUUCUUCUGGAGUAGCCAUUCAAGGUGCUGGGUUUCUCAAGGGUGAUGGAAAGCAAAAGCGAGACGGCUCUUGUGUCGGGACAAAGGGUUUCAGGGCUCCAGAGGUAUUAUUUAGAUCUCUACAUCAAGGCACCAAGCUUGAUAUAUGGUCAGCUGGUGUUAGCUUACUAUAUCUAAUGACUGGGCGGAGCCCUUUUGCUGGAGACCCUGAUCAGAAUAUAAGGGAGGUAGCCAAGUUGAAGGGCAGCGAGGACUUGUGGGAAGUGGCCAAAUUACACAACCGUGAAUCGUCGUUCCCUCAAGACCUCUUCGAUGCAAAAUACUUGCCUUCGGUCAAACUUCAAGACUGGUGUAAAAGGAACACCCGGAGAGCAGAUUUUUUUGACGCCAUUCCAACAUCUCUUUUUGACCUGGUGGAUAAGUGUUUGACGGUUAAUCCGAGAUUGAGGAUUAGUGCAGAGGACGCCCUUCGACACGACUUCUUAGCUCCAUUCAACGAAAUGGCCAGAAAACACAAGCUGUCCAGGCAAGGGUCAAGUCACACAUCACCGCAUAUGCUUCCCUCAGGACCUGGUCAAACUCAGGCACGUGGACUAGUAGCUCUAUGAAAAUGCCUUCACCAUAUUUUUUCAUUUUUAGAUAUUCUGUACAGUAGCAAUUGUUAUUCAGCGCAAGGCCUCUCCAGUGGAAAUUAGGGGUGGUCAAACGGGUCUUGGAACCGCGGUCCGGUCCGGGUAAUGGCGGUUCGGGUCUAAAACGGGCCGGUUCCAUUUUUUGUUUCCAUAAAACGGUCCGGGUAGGGUCGGGUAAUUUUUUUUAAGGAACCGGACCGGUUCCAAAAUUAAAAAAUAAUGGGUACCCGGCCCGGCCCGUUAUAUAUAUUGUAUAUUAAUUUAUUAAUAGUUUUGUGAUAAUCGGUAGUUUUGUUUCCUGUGCUAGAAGUAGGAUUUUAAAUUGAGUUGCAGUAACAUCCUUUUGUUUUCAAAUUAUUGAUUAAAUGUUUCAUAAAUAUCUUAUUACUUUUUAUUGUUAUUGAAUUAUUCCUUUCUAUGGAAUUUAAUUAUUUGUUAAAGAUGAUUUUGUUAUAUUUUUUUAUUAUAUUGUUAUUAAAAUAUAUAAAUUGUGUUUACCACCCACCAUGUAUGUGUCAACUUUGGCUAAUACUGAAAAUUUAAUAUAAAAAAAAGUAAUAGCUUUAAUAUGUGAUGUUACACAACAUGUUUAAAUACAAAUGUUAGAAAAUAUGUAUUUUAGCUAUGUUUCAUAUUUUUGGAAUUUCUUUAAUUGUUUGAAACUUAUAUACAAGAAAAUAUGGAGUAUUGGACUUUUUCGCUUGUGUUAUAUAUGCACCACUAUAUUGUUAUUUUGAAACUUGCUAAUGUCCUAUAUUAUUGAUUAUUCAUUUUUGGAACUUCGUUAGUUUUUACUAAUAUAAUUUCAAGACAUAAGAAUAGAAACCGUAAAACCCGGACCGGACCGACCCGUUUCAAACGGGCCGGGUAAUUACCGGUUCCUAUUUUGAAAAUUGUAAUACCCGGAUCGGAUCGAACCGUACAAUGGAACCGGCGGUUCCAUUUUAUUUUGCAUUACCCGCCCCGACCCGGCCCGUGCCCAGCCCUAGUGGAAAUCAUAAAUGCAUCGUAAAUAAGGAUAUCUGCUUUAGUUUCUUCUGAAGGAUGCAAACCCUCCCGGAGGGCUCUGGAAACUGACCUCAUAGCUUUAAGGGAUCCCAACAAGAUGUUACAUCCUUCUUAGCAUUUAACUAAACGAUAGAAUCAUAGAAUGCUCAGGCUUAUAACUUCUAAUAUUGAAGUGUAUUUUUGUGUAACCCGAGCAUGGUUGUAGAAUUUGCUGUACACUUAUAAUCCAAUCAUGGUGGAUUGAUGGCUAGACGACCUAUACUUGUAAUACCAAAAACUAUAUAAAUAUAAUAUUAUAGGUUAUGAUUGGGUGGACCCUGGC